UUUUCGUAGUUUAGUAACAGUGUGGAUAGUUUUCCACUUCUAUUUUAGGACAUUGUAAUAUAUAUAACCAACGUUAUAGGUUAACUACCCACAGAAAUUAGUUAACUACCCACAGAAAUUAAGUGAAGCAGACCUAUAUAGCUGUAUAUAACGUGACUGGAGAAUGAAAUUGGCAUGGUUCGCAUUCAUUACAUGCUUAGUGGCCUUUGCUUGCAACCACAGUAGUGCCGGUAAAACGGGCAAGAACUGCCCUGCCGGAAUCCCACUUUGUCGGUGCCGCAAGAAGGGAACAGUGGUAUGCAUGAAAAGUAACUGCUUGAAACGAUUGCCCACCGGUAACAUUACUUUUGAAGAAGGCCUCAAGAUUACAGGCAUCGUAGUUUCCAGACAGCGUAGUUUUCGUGUGAUUCGGUCACGUGAUCUUGCAGUGUUGCCGAACUUAAAAAGUGCUCGCUUCUUCAAUAAUGGAAUCUACGCAGUGUUGCACGGAGCAUUUUCGAACGUUCCAAAUCUGAAAAGGUUAGACCUGCAUAAGAAUAUGCUAAGCGCUGUUCCCAACGAGAUACGCUCCUUGCCAAAUCUUAAAAGUCUCAACUUAGGUGGUAACAAGAUCAAGUCUAUUCGACCAGACGUCUUUGUCGGAAAUCCCCUUCUUAAGAAACUAAUAUUAAAAAGAAAUAGAAUUGAAACUUUCCCCAGCUCUCUACCACCAUCGCUGGCGAAAAUUUCAAUAGGCGAUAAUUUAAUUCCACGUUUUGGGGACUUGCGGUAUUUGAAAGGUUUGAAGAUUAUAAAAGCAGAACAAAAUCGACUGACAAGUAUUGGUGCUGACCUAUUGCCUUCUUCGCUCGUUGAACUGAGCGUCUGUAGAAACCGAUUAACUUCCACCAUUGAAUCUUUAGACGUGAGCAAUUUGAUGCAUCUGCGUCGACUUAUGUUGGGUGGAAAUAUCGGGAUUGGUCCAAUUACUCAAAACACGUUUUUCCGCGGUAUCAACAGCUUACAAGAGCUUGGAAUCGGGCAUUCUAACAUUGAUGUUAUUCACCCUGAUGCAUUCGCAUGUUUAGCUCACCUCAGAGUGGUGGAUAUGGGAGGCAACCUUCUCAGAAAAGUGAAUUUCGAUUGGUUCCAUUCCAAUAUUAAUCUCCGUGAGGUUAAAGUUUCCGGGAAUCCGUUGGAAUGCAACUGUGAGUUGGUUUCCUCUCUUGAAAGUCUCAAUCGGAAAAUUCUGAAUUCGUUUCCAAGAGAUUCAACAGGAACGUUCAGGAGUUUUGCAAUUGAUUCAUCCCACAUCGUAUGCAACGACAUCGACAUGAGAUUGGCCACCAUGCAACAUGGGGAAAUGAAUAAAAACUACACCAGCAUUGUGAAAUCUCGUUGUACAAUUCAAGGUCCCAGUAGUGGAAAAAAACCAAUCUGUCGUCAUCUUGCAGCACCUAUUGCGUCAGUAGACAAAGUCGUUACUCGACCGAAACCGACCCUCUUUGCUACUCGCUUCAUUCCCAGCUCUACAAGAAGUACAGCAACCAGUACCCUACGACCCACAACCAGUACCUUACCACCGACAACUACAACCCUACCACCCAGAACCAGUACCCUACCACCCACAACUUCAACCCUACCACCCACAACUACAACCCUACCACCCACAACCAGUACCCUACCACCCACAACCAGUACCCUACCACCCACAACCAGUACCCUACCACCCACAACUACAACCCUACCACCCACAACUACAACCCUACCACCCACAACCACAACACUACCACCCACAACCACAACCACCACAAUACCGCAAACUACUACCUCUACCAAACUACCUGUAACUACCACCUUAGGAAACAAUGCUCCAGACAUCCAGGAACGUUUCUGUACGGACGAUGGCGUGACUUGCAUAUUGCCAUUUGUUUAUGAUGGAGUCAGUUACAAUGAGUGUGCUCCUUAUAGAUCAAGUACAACGUGGACGUGGUGCUAUACUGAUGAUGGUGGUACAUGGGAUUACUGUGCAAAGUGUCCGGAGUUAAACUGAUGAAAUGGAAAGCAACACCACAUAACUCUGUAAUGCAUGUGCAUUGUCGUCAAAGCUUACGCUUUUUGUUGAAACAGUCCAUAAUAAAAGUUCCAGUUUGCGCCUUAUAAGUGCACUAAAUAAUGCUUGUACUUGUAAAUAGGGCUUCUCUGCAUUGCAUUUUACACACACACAUAUAUAAGUACUGCACCCUUGCAGUACGAUAAUCUAUCUGUAAUCGCACUGUGAACAAAUGUUCCAACGAGUUCGAUUAAACACAGCAUAUUUAUGUUACUUCGUAAUACACUUUCAAGCAUAUUGUA